AUGGGAGAGGAAUGGUGCAAAAUCAUAUCUUCUUCACUACCUUGUCUUCAAGUCUUAAGCUUGUCACGGUGUCAUCUCUCAGGUCCUCUUUGCUCUUCUCUUGAGAAUCUCCAGUCAAUUUCGGUGAUUAAUUUGAGUGAGAACUAUUUGUCUGCCCCAGUUCCAAAUUUCUUUGCAAACUUCACCAAUUUGACAGAAUUAUAUCUCACGGAUUCUAAUUUGCAAGGAACAUUUCCAGAAAACAUCUUCCAUGUACCAACUCUACAUAAGCUUGACUUAGGGGUCAAUGACUUAUUUCAUGGUUAUUUUCCAGAAUUUUCCCAGAAUGGAGCUCUCCAGACCUUGAUUCUUCGCUACACAAAUUUUUCCGGGGGAUUACCAAGUUCUAUUGGUAACCUUCGGAUGUUGUCCGUGAUAUAUGUUUUUAAUUGUAGCUUCACUGGACCAAUCCCAGGUUCAUUUGCAAACCUUACUCAACUUGUUCUUUUGGAUUUGGCUUACAAAAUGUUUACUGGUCCAAUUCCAUCAUUUUCGAAGAAUCUCUCCAUCAUAUACUUGGACCAUAAUUCACUCAGUGGAACCAUUCCAUCAUCUCUUUUGAAUAUUCCAUCGCUGACACAAAUUGAUCUUUCAUUUAACAAAUUUGAUGGUCAAGUUGAUGAAAUUUCUAAUGCUUCCUCCUUUCUACUAGAGUUCAUCAAUUUGGGAAGUAACCAUUUACAAGGGUCAGUUCCCAUGUCUUUCUUUCAACUCAGAAGGCUUACUGUCCUUAUACUUAAUUUCAACAACUUCAAUGGUUCAAUACAACUGAAAAAUUUUUAUAGGCUGCGCAAUCUUUCCCUCAUUGACCUUUCAUACAACAGCUUGUCAAUCCAUACAAGUAGUGGUAGUGGUUCAAACUUGUCUUUGAUCCCCCAGUUUGAAGGAUUAUAUUUGGCUUCUUGCAAGUUGGAAAGUUUUCCUGAUCUAAAGAACCAAUCAGUACUGGCCGAGUUGGACCUUUCUGACAACCAAACUUGGGAAGUUGGUAAUGGAAUAUUCUAUCACUUGAAUCUCUCUCACAAUCUCCUGUCUUAUUUUCAAGUACCCUAUUUUGUUCAAGUUUUCCUUGGUCUCCUUGACCUACACUUUGACCAGUUCCAUGGGAAAAUCCCAAUACCAGGAAUAUUUGCUGAAUACACGAACUUCUCAAGCAAUAGUUUCAGCUCUUCUAUCCCUCCUACUAUUGGUAAUUUCCUCACCAAUGCUUAUUUCUUCUCUCUUUCAAAUAAUAGCAUCAUCAGAAACAUUCCUCAAUCAAUAUGCAAUACAAAAUACCUUCAAGUUCUAGAUUUAUCUAAUAAUGUUUUGAAUGGCACAAUACCAUCAUGUUUGAUCAAAAGGAGUACUAGUACUCUUGGAGUACUGAAUCUGCAAAAUAACAUAUUUAGUGGAAAAGUUCUGAGUUUGUUUCCCAACAACUGUAGUCUACAGACAUUGGAUCUCAGUGGUAAUCUUUUGGAAAGGCGGGUUCCGAAAUCAUUGUCAAACUGCAGAAGGAUGGAAGUUUUAAACGUCCAUUCAAGUGCUAUUAAGAUGUGUGGGAGGCAAGUAGUUGGUCACAACAGAGAUGUGAGGAAAAGUCAAGGUCGUCCUAAUCUCCACAAGGGUGAGAAGAUGACUUUCCAUUACCAACCAGUGAAAUGUGACAGUGAAGCUUCCAAAUUAGCUUCCAAAGGAAGCUUUGAAAUUCUUGGGCAGCAAGAAUUAUUCCUAGGCAAUAAGUGCUAUUUGGCUUCCAAAGGAAGCUUUGUAAUAUACUUGGAUACCAAGCUACAUGUUUUAGUUUUGCGUUCUAAUAGGAUUCAUGGAGACAUUAAUUGCCAAGGGAAAAUUAAUGUAAGCUGGUGGAAUCUUCAUAUCAUUGACCUAGCUUUCAACAACUUUGGCGGCAAUCUACCAUCAAGUUAUUUCUCAAAUUUGAAGGCAAUGAUGAUUGAUAACGAUAAUGCACAACCAAAGUUAAUUAAUUUGGGUUAUCUGUUAAAAGAUUCUUUUGGAGAUGUUUUUAGGUAUUAUUCAAAUCAAGUGAAGGUCACCUACAAAGGAAAAGAGGUAGAGUGGGUGAAAGUUUUAACUAUCUUUACAUACAUUGAUUUUUCAAGCAAUGUAUUUGAAAGGGAAAUACCUGAUACUACUAGAAAUCUCACAUCACUAGUUCCUUUUAACUUAUCACACAGCGAUCUCAAAGGCUCAAUUCUAACAUCGUUAGGAAACUUGAAGAAGCUCGAGUCAUUAGACCUUUCACAGAACAUGCUGACAGGGAUGAUCCCGACACAACUUACAAGUCUUACAUUUCUCUCACUCUUGAAUGUGUCAUACAAUCUUUUGGUUGGAAGAAUUUUGACAGGUUCCCAGUUUCAAACAUUCUCAAAAACAUCAUUUCUAGGGAAUCCAGGACUAUGCGACUUCCCUUUGAACACGAGUUGCAAUAAUAUUGCUGAAGAUUCACCACCAAUAUUCGGAGAUGGGCAUUCAAUCUUGGAGACAGAGGUCUACCUAAGUGCAGCAUUGGGAUUUAUCGUGGGGUUAGGAAUCAUCAUCUGGCCACUUGUGUUCUGUAGAAGAUGGAGACAAUGGUACUACAAACAUGUGGAUCAAGUUUUUCUGAGAAGAAUAAUAGAGAGACGAGCUUACAGAAAUCCAAUUCGAAUGCUUGGUGGGUGA